CCACUCUCAAGACAAACCAACGCUUAAAGACAACUACAUCAUAAUUAGGAAAAUAGGAUGUGAGAAUGUAAAGUCACUUUCAAGGAAUCUAGGUUUUUCCAUUGAGGUAGGACAACCAUAUUCUCUCAGUAUUUAAAUAUGCAACUCCUGCACAGAUGCUGCUUAGGCUGAACAGUUUCUGAUCAGGGUUCACAUAGCAAGAGAUUCCAUAGAUGUCGGAAAUAGAGAUGGAUAAUGGGCAGGGGCAGCAUUCGAACAGGUGGGAUGGCUACAUAGAUUGGAGAAAUAGAUCGGCCAUAAAAGGCCGUCAUGGAGGCAUGCUUGCUGCCUCUUUCAUCUUAGUUGUGGAGGUCUUGGAGAACCUAGCAUACCUGGCCAAUGCGAGCAACUUGGUUCUUUAUUUGUCAAGAUUCAUGCACUUCUCUCCAUCAAGCUCAGCCAACAUUGUCACAAAUUUCAUGGGCACGGCCUUCCUCCUCGCUCUCCUUGGAGGCUUCUUAUCUGACGCCUACUUCACCACGUAUCGCAUCUAUAUAAUAAGUGCAAUGACAGAAUUUCUGGGUUUGGUAAUACUCACAGUGCAAGCUCAAAUACCUUCACUGAAACCGCCAGUAUGCCCUUUAGUAGACCGAAACGUAAAAUGUGAGAAAGUUGACAGGGGGAAAGCUAUAAUGUUAUUCACCGGCCUCUAUUUGGUGGCACUAGGUGUUGGAGGAAUAAAAGGUUCACUUCCCCCACAUGGAGCUGAGCAAUUUGAUGAGAAGACACUACAUGGAAGGAAGCAGAGAUCAACAUUCUUCAAUUAUUAUGUGUUCAGCCUCUCUUGUGGAGCACUGACUGCUGUAACAUUUGUGGUGUGGAUAGAAGAUAACAAGGGCUGGCAGUGGGGUUUUGGGAUCUCAACUGCAACGAUAUUGAUCUCUAUACCAAUUUUCCUCCUCGGCUCAGCUACUUACAGGAUCAAAAUCCCAACAGGAAGCCCUAUUACAACUAUAUUUAAGGUUUUGGCAGCUUCAAUCUACCACUGGUGGAUCUCAAGGAAUUCUAGCAAUGUUGUUUCAAACUUUAGCACAAGCUCAUCAUAUACAACUAGGGCUAGAGAGGAUGGAGAAUAUUCUGAAAGGAAGGCAGAAAUUGAAACUCUAACAGAAGAUCUUAAGUUCCUUAACAGAGCACUAAUGACCACGGCCCGCCAGCCAUGGCUUAAGAGCACCAUAAAACAAGUAGAAGAAGUGAAAUGUGUCCUUAAGAUACUACCAAUUUUCUUGUCAACUAUUAUGCUCAACUGUUGCCUUGCUCAGCUUUCCACCUUUUCCAUCCAACAAGCAGCCACCAUGAACACGAAAGUUGGAUCCUUUAAAAUUCCACCAGCCUCUCUUCCAGUAUUUCCUGUCUUGUUCAUCAUAAUACUUGCGCCGGUCUAUAACCAUGUAAUCAUUCCAUUCUCCCAGAAGGCAACGAAUACCGAAACUGGAAUUACUCAUCUACAGAGAAUUGGAAUUGGUCUGGUUCUUUCUGUUGUGGCCAUGGCUGUUGCAGCUUUAGUAGAAAUGAAGCGGAAAAGAGUGGCAAUACAAUCUGGCCUAAUGGAUUCAACUGAACCUCUUCCAAUCACAUUCUUUUGGGUGGCUAUGCAAUACGUGCUCCUUGGUUCAGCCGAUCUGUUCAGCUUGGCUGGUAUGAUGGAUUUCUUCUUUACAGAGGCACCAAAUACUAUAAAAUCAUUGGCAACAGCUCUCUCUUGGGCUUCAUUAGCCAUGGGAUAUUACCUGAGCUCAGUGCUCGUGGCUUUAGUUAAUCGUAUAACUGGCUCAUUUCGGCACACACCAUGGCUCUAUGCCAGAAACAUCAACCACGAUCACUUGGAGAGGUUUUACUGGUUAAUGUGCAUAUUAAGUGGAUUGAACUUGUUGAAUUAUCUCUUUUGGGCACAACGCUACAGGUACAGAUCAUCAGGAAAUGAAAAUCAAAUUGUAAACAACUGACAAAUGCAGAAGUAGCUGAUAGAAAGAAAGAUGUAAAGAGGGACCAUGUUCUGAAUAUUAUGGUUUAUUGGGGAACUUUAUCUCCUCAAUUACUGUAAAAUAAUU